UCGAUUGUCUCCUUCAAGUUGCACAAAAUCGUAUAUUCUAAAUCCGGGCCUCGAGUCGUAUAAUAAACACGCAAAAGACGUACAAAAAUUAAGUGUUUUCGGCCAGGAUGGUGUGAGGCGAAGACUCAGGUGGCAGGAUGUCACGAGGGCUGCGUCGGCUGGUGACCUUUGACGUGACGGGCACCCUGCUCAAGUUCAAGCAGCCCCCGGGAGCCUUUUACGCACAGGUCGCGGCCCAGCUGGGUCUGAAGGCCGAUCCAGAGGAUUUGCAAACCGCCUUCAAGAGGCAAUGGACGCACAUGAACAAGGUCAAGCCCAAUUUCGGGCUCAAACAUGAGGGGUGGCAGCCGUGGUGGCAGGAAACGGUCAUCAGGACGUUUGUCGACGCCAAAAUUGAGACGGAUCACCAAACUCUAUUCAAGUUGGCCGACACGCUAAUCACCAAAUUCACCGACUCGUCGUGCUGGGCGCCACGGGACGGCGCCGUGUCUCUGUUGGAGGAAUUGCAAAAGAGCCCUGUGACCUUGGGCGUGGUGUCCAACUUUGACCCCCGCCUGCACAACAUUCUGGAAGCGUGCCAGUUGUCAAAGUACUUUCGCUUCGUACUCACCUCGUACGAGGCCGGCUGCGCCAAACCAGACCCGAAAAUUUUCCAAAAGGCGCUCGAGUUGGCCAAAAUCGAAGGUCUGCAGCCGCAGGAGGCGUUGCACGUGGGCGACAACGCCGACCUGGAUGUCGAGGGCGCCAAAAGUGCAGGCUGGCAGACCUGGCUAGUCGAAAAUGGGGAUAAGAAUAAGAAGCAGGGCGGUGAUGAGAGAAAAGGGUCACUGAUUGACCUCAAAGAGCAUUUGAUUGAAUCAAAUAAAUAGAUAGUUCGUAAAAUAUACCUGAAAAUUUCAGUAAAAUGUUAAUGAAGAAAGAAAAUUGUAUCAUAUUGUAGAUAAUGUUGUUGACCCUUUAUAGAAUUUAUAAAAGUUAGCAAAUUAAUUUUAAGGAAUAAAAUUAUGCAGCUUUAUUUCACA